CACAAUGCAGCGGGCGAAUCUUAAGGCGCCUUCUGCAGCGUCUGCAUGUCAACAAGCUGCGGAAAGAGACCCUGGGCUUCGUUUCUAAGCUGUUGGCAUACAUGAAUGUUUCACUACGGUUUGGGACAAUAUUGUUGUCUGUGAUUUCUCCGUCUGAAGGCUUUUAACGGUCUAAACUCCAGACGAUGGCUCCGUUCAGUCUGAUGUCAGCCAGUGUUAGCCUGCUGGCUAAGUCCUUCAGCGUCUUCUCCUGCAGCUCCCUGCCGAGGUGCACCACUGUCUUUUCAUCUUCACUCUUCAACCAUGUGAGGUGUCUGACCACUCAAACCAGCGGACCUCCAAAGAAACCCCUGAACGGAUACAUAAGAUUUGUUCAGCAGCAGCAGCCAUUUGUGUCGAAACAAAACCCAGAUGUCAAAACAGUGGACAUCAUCAGAAAGAUUGCUCAGCAGUGGAGAACCCUGACCCCAGAGCAGAAACGGCCGUUUCAAGAAGCGUCUCAGCAGGCCAGGGAGCAGUUUAAGUUGGACCUUCAAAGUUACGAGGCCCAGCUGACUCCAGCACAGCUCAAACAACAAACCUUGGAGAGGAGGCAGAGACUUGCCAAGAGGAGGGCCAUCCGCAAAAAAAGGGAGUUAAUCAACCUUGGGAAGCCAAAACGUCCACGCUCUUCAUUUAACAUUUUCAUGUCAGAACACUUUGAGGAGGCCAGAGGAUCAACGGUACAGGAAAAGAUGAAGUCACUGAGGGAAGACUGGGUGACACUGUUCAGUCAUCAGAAGCAUGUCUACACACAGCUAGCUGAGGACGACAAAAUCCGCUACAUGAACGAGAUGAAGUCAUGGGAAGAGCACAUGGUGGAGAUUGGACGAGAAGAUGUGAUCAGAGAAAAGACGCUGGCCUCCCGGAAAAAAGCAGCCGGACACAAACCAGAAACGAAGGAGACUGCCACUAAAGCUAAGGCCAAAGCUAAAGCUGAACCAGUCAAGAAGGCCGCAGCGAAGUCAAAAACAACGAGGAAGACAGCCAAGAAGAGCACUGUAAAAACUGUCAAGAGUGUAAAGAAGAAAUAAAGUGUUUAUCUACUGAGCUAAAAGUGUUUCAUGACAGCUAAAGAAGAGUAGAGACGAUGCAGGCAAAAACUUCACCUGCUUUAUCUCAAACUUUAAAACCAGAAAGAACUCAGCUGGAGUUCGAACAGAGCCAAAGCUUUUCCAAAUUCAGACAGAUAACUCCCUAUAAAGGCCUCUCAUUGAAGGAAAUUAAUUUAAAAAAAAAAAACAGGAUUAUUGGUCACUUGCUGCAUUAAUACACUUCCUGGCUCUGUUGAUUGGAAAGAGAAUAAGUUACAUGAUGAAAGGAAGUGAGUGUAAAAGGCACUGAUACUGAUUUUCUACUUCUGUAUACUCACAAGAAAAUAAAAGUUAACUGUUCCCGUCUCAGAAUUAUAUACAUUCUAUUUUUGGAAUUGCAGAAAUGUCUGAUUCGGUCUGUGGCUCUCAGCAUUGAGCACAAUCUCCUGAUGGGAAAACCCAUCUGAAAACAUCCUCACAAAUGCAACGUUUCAUUUAAAAAAGGGCCCAGUAGUUUGCUUAUAAAGCUAGACUCUAGAUUUUAGCAAAUAGGAGAUGUCCGUUAUGGGUUUUAGAGAGUUAAGAGCAGCUGUAUCAUCUUUUAAGUGUCUGUUAGCUGUGUGCGUAUUCCCUCCAUAGUGCAUCGGCUCAGUAUCCUUGACUGUAAAUGUACAGGCAGCAUUUCCUCUAAAGGUCGGACAUAAUCCUGGUUCCCAUCAUGCAGUGGGGUUACAGUAGGGAGAUGAAGCUUGUACAUUUGCCACCCUCAAACUGUGAAGACCUACCGUUUGUCUCUUAUGACAUCAGAAGCAUUUUGACUGAUUUUUUGUGUGAGUUGCUUUGUUCUGUUAACAUCCAUCACAGUGGAUAAUAAAAUUAGCUUUUUGUUCCUAA